AUGACCUCUUCCUCCUCCUCUUCGGCCUCCGCCGGCGCUGCGGCCCCACCUUCAUCAGCUCUCGCCCAUAAUCCCACCUCCAGUGUCCCUUCCACUUCCUCUUCCACCUCUGCCUCUGCUCUUCCCCCACUAGUAAUGCAGCUCAUCCUGCCCCGCUCCCUCCCAAGCCAAGCAGGCUGGUCCACCGGCCCCCUCAUAGCGCAAGGCGCGCAUGCCGCCUGUGCCAUUCUCGCGCUAACUGCCGAUCACCCUCAGACAAGAGAGUACCUCUCCCCCGAGGGACUCAAGGGUGGAAUGCACAAGGUUGUGAUGCAGUGGCCUGGAAAGGAGAAGAAGCAGAAGAAGAGUGGUGGACAAGUAGAGGGGCAGGGAGGGAAGAAGGAGGAGGAGGAGGAAGGAUUGGAGGUGCUCAGUGAGAGGUUGAGCGCUGCUAGAUCUGAGUGGGAGAAGAGGCGAGAGGAGAGGAUACGCAGCGCCGAUCGUGCUCAAGGUGAAGAGGAAGAGGAGGAAUUUCCCGUGCACACCAUGUGGAUCGAGCAGCCGGAUAAUAUCCCGACGUGCAUCGCCAUUGCACCCAAUCGGAAACCACCCGCCCUCAAGAAAAUUCUCAACAAGUGCGCCCUCUUCAAAGGCUAG